AUGGAUAUUGAAAUGGCUAACAAUUCGGAGCAAAUAAUUCAAGUUCUUGGAGAUCGUAUUGAAGAAAUCGAACGAACUCUCGAUGAAGAUGAAGAUUUUUGUAAUAAAGAUAUUGAUGCAACAUAUCAAGCGGCUGUAAAUUAUUUAAAAUCAUUUGAAGAAAAAUUUAAUGAAAAAUUAAAUGAACUUAAAAUAAAACUGGAAAAAAUUCGUGAAGAAAAUAUCGACGUAUCAAAACAAAAUAAAAAACAAUUUGAUGAUGAAAUCGAAAUCGUUAAUGAAAUAUUUUCAUCUGGCAAACAUCAAGAAGCUUUGGAAAAACUUGAAGAUUAUAAAAAACGUUUCGAACAACGUAAAACUAUCAUACAAAUUAUACCAAAAUUAUUUAUGCGACCUAUUGAUCUUCAAGAAUAUUUUUCAUUUGAUAAACCGCUGACUAAUUCUCGGCUUUCAUCGAAUGACAAUCACCAAUAUUCACGUGAUCAAGUGACACCAAUUAUGAAAUCACAAAAACCUAUUGCAACAACUCCUCGUCAUAUGGAUGAUCAUGAUAAUAACAACAACGAAAAAGAAUUUAAUAGACCAUCGAAAAAUUUCGAUACUCAACGAAGUCUACCAAAUAAUUAUCCUAUUAAUAGAGAGGUUAAAUCGCCUCUAUCAACUGUUCCAUCUCGUCCUCUACGUAUUAGUACACGUUUACUACCAUCACCUACUAGUCCUUCACUCUCGGCAAGUAAUUCUCGUGGAAAUCUAUCAUCUAGUCAUACAUCUCUACGAACAACACCAUCUUCACCAAACAUAAUUCAGUCAUACAAUCCACAUCAAAUGUUACCUGUAAAAACCUUCAAAGGAGCAGACGGUUUAGUGUCAACUUAUGUCACUCAUUUUGAACAUGUACGAGACACAUCCGUGCUUAUGACAUGCAACGAAGACUAUAUAAUAGUUGGUAGAAGUCGUUCAAAUCAAUUAUUAUCAUGGAGUUUAAGUGCUUUUAGCCGUGUGGAUGGCAGUGAACAUCAUCUAAAUUGGAACGACCAAUUAAUUACUUCAAUAGGUGUUAUUAAUAAAAAGAUUAUUUAUAUAUUUUCUGGACGUCAUUUUAUUAUAUAUUCAAUGGAAUCAUUAUGUAAAAUUAAUUCUUGGGUACUAUCAAAUGAUCAAAGUCACCAGCAUUCAGAAUUGAAGAGUCAACAAUGUGGUAUCGGUACUGUAUAUGAUAAUUACAUAUAUUAUACAUCUUUGAAUAUUAAAUGCCAAUGGAUAUUAUCAAUAUUUGAAUUAGAAACUAUAAAACAUAUAUGUGAUUUUAAUUUAUCAGAAAAUUUUUCUGAUGUCAAACGUUUUAUACAUGUUUGUGUCAAUGAUAGAUAUGUUAGUUUUCUUGUUGAAACCGAUGGCAAAAAAUAUGCAGCUGCAUUUUGUUCAAGAAACCAACAUUCGCUAAUGGCAUUAAAAGAAAGAAUUGUUUUAAGUUAUCCUGGCAACCCUUUAACUAUAUGUUCCAUAUAUAUUUAUCAUUUACAAAAAUACGUUUUCUUUAUUAAUGAUCCAUCAAUUAACAUUAUACAUAUAGUAACAAAUGAAAAAUAUAUACAAUCGUCGACCAUAGUUGCACAUGCUUUUUAUUAUAUACCAGAAAAUCAAGAAUUAUUAUUUGUAUCCAAUGAUGGUAUAUAUUCAAUUAAUAUGAAUGAACAGAAGAAUUUUUUUUUGAAAUAUAAUUAA